AUGGCCACAAACGGAGGCAAUGCAAAACCCAUUCUCUUCUUCACAGCCUUGCCCGGCGAAGGGCACACCUACCCACUCCUCAACAUCGCUUCAUCCAUGAUUCAGCGAGGCUAUACCGUCGUCUUCCAUGGCUAUGCCCAAUUCGAAGCCGACAUCCUAGCCAUGGGCGCGGAAUUCAGCCCUAUUCCAUCCAUGCUCGACCCCGUCCCGAAUCCAGAAGCCGUCGUAGCAGCAGGUAAAGCCAUCACAGACUGUCGCCUGCCGCUCUUUGUGCACGGCCUGGUCAAUUUCCUCUACAACACCAUGCCAGUCCGGACCCAGCAUCUCGAAGAUGCUCUCAUCAAGCUCAAGCAGCGCGACCCAAACCGGCAGAUCAUCAUCGUCCACGAGCUCUGCAGCAUGAACGUCACCCCCUUUGCAUACGGCCGUCCUGCUCCCUUAGGGUUUGCCUCGUUCCCCAAGACCAUCGGCAUCGGUGCAGUCAAUAUCUCCGCUCCAAGCGUCGAUACUGCUCCAUUCUCCAUGGGCCUUCCCUACGACACAUCACGCGCCUGUCUGCUGCGGAACAAGGAACUGCACAAUCUCGCCAACCAAGGUCCCUGGCUGCCGCUCUUCGAGGCCGCUCAACGUGCGAUGCGGGAGGCCGGGUGCACCACUGUCCCGGAGGACCAUCCUUUUGCUACAUGGUAUUCUGCGCCUGAUGUAUGCUUCCAAAUGUGCAGUCCUAGCAUGGAGUAUCCGCUGUCCGACAUGCCGCCCAAGCUGCGGUUUGCCGGGUGUUUGCCGCCCAGGCUACUGUCAAGCAGCGUCUUCGAGGCACCGAGUUGGUGGGGCGAGGUGUUGGAGAGCGCCGGGAAGAAAGAUCGGAAGAUUGUUUUCGUGUCCCAGGGCACUGCGCAUGUGGACUACAACCAGCUCGUCGUGCCGACCAUGGAGGCCUUUAGGGGCAGGGACGAUAUACUCACCAUCGCGACGCUUGGGAUAAGAGGCGCCACGCUGGGGGAUAACAUCGACGUGCCGGAGAAUACGCGGUGGACGGACUUUCUGCCAUAUGACCACAUUUUGCCGUAUGCCGACGUGUUUGUGUGCAAUGCCGGUUACGGAUCAACGAGCCAUGCGGUGACGAACGGCACACCUGCGGUGUUGGCUGGGGAGGCGCUGGACAAGAAGGAGGUGACAAUGAGGGCGGUCUAUGCGGGCUAUGCAUGGGACUUGGAGUCGUCGACGCCCGGCAUUGAGCAGAUCAGGACCGGCGUGGAGGCGGUGCUGGCGGAUCAGAGGUUCAAGGAGAGGGCGAUAGAGUUGAAGAGGGAGAAUGAAGACAUGGACUGCAUGGCGACGAUCGAAAGGCAGAUUAUCGACUAUACCAUAUGA